AUGGCGGUCGUUUCGUGGGCAUCGGUAAUUUUAGUCUUUUUCGGGUUAGAUUUAGCCCAGAGCCUCUAUUUCCACAUGGGAGAAACAGAAAAGAAGUGUUUCAUAGAGGAAAUUCCAGACGAAACAAUGGUUAUCGGUUAGUUGAGACAUCCCUUAAUGUAACGCAAUUUUGGAAUAAUAGUACCUAAAUUAGCGUUUGUUCUAAAGCCACUUGAUUUUUAUGGGUUAGGCUUUUCGAAUGACGAGCAGAUCUCUGGUAGUUCUGGUUGUUAAAAAAAUUCCCACUUAAACUAUUUUCUUGGUAAAGUAGCAUACUGUUUCGAAUCUGAAAAUGUGUAUUUAGUUUAAUCGUAUAAUAGCCAGCAUGUUGCAUGCAUCUUUACUUCAAAAGGCAAAUAUACCAGUUACUGAAGAAGCACGCAUGCUUUACUAUGAGUCAUUUACCAGAAAAUAACGUUAGAAACAAGGUUAAGCGGGUAGAGAAGGAAAUUAAGAGCAAUUUAGAGUUAUUUAAGACCUUCAAAUUACCAUAUUGGCAUUUUACAACUUUGGGUACACAACUAUAUAACACCAAUCUCUGAUCUUUAAAUACUUAACGCAAACUAAUGGUUAAGCUAAAUUUCUCUUACUUAAUGUUGAGUUUCAAUGUAGUAGUUACUACAGAGUAUAUCUCUCUAACAAAAUAAUCAAACUUCCAUCCCUCCAGUCCUAAGUUGUUCAAACACUAGACAAUAUUUAUUCAAUUUCAAACUCCAGAUGAUGCAUUUUCAGUGUUCUGAUUGGUUCACACAGCUCUGCUUAUCAGCUCAUACACCAAAUCAAUCUUUAUGGGAAAUGAUUUGCUCAAGUUUUGCUAAACUGGAUUUACUUUUGGCUGGAAACAGUUGCUUCUCCCGUGCAUUGUGGAUAUUUUAAUUUGAUAAAAUAAAUAUUCCAUUUGCACUUGUUGUAUAUGAGAUUGGUUAUAGCCAAUUUGAUACUACAUGCCUUGUUCACUAUUUACCAUCUCAUAUAAGAUGCUCACUCAUGGAAUAAUUGUAAUAGUUUAGCUUGUUUGGUCAACAGAUAUCUACUGGAUGGCAGUUAAUCCAGACCUGUCAGUAUUUAACAUAUAAGUAUAUAAGUCCUGACAGGAUUCUCUUGUGACCUUAUUUCAAAAUUAACUUAAGUGGUAUUGCCUUCCCUGAACUAAUGUUAUCGUGACAAUUCAACAGGUAAAUACAAGACACAGUUAUACGAUGAAAACAUCAAAGAUUUCCUUCCAUCCAGUCCUGGUAUAGGAAUGCAUGUGGAAGUGAAAGAUCCCAACAUGAAAGUUAUUCUAUCUAAAUAUUAUGCAUCAGAGGGAAGAUUCACUUUCACCUCACAUUCACCCGGUGAACACCUUAUCUGUCUUCACUCAAAUUCUACUCGAUGGUCUUUGUGGGCAGGAGGAAAGCUGGUAUGUCAGAUUGAGCACACUUAUAGUUAGAAGUGAACUCUUUCUCAACUUUGAGAUGUAUAAUGUCCUCACUUUGGACUUUCAAGAAAUAAGCUGGGAAUUUUUAGUGGUUGUCAUUUCUAAGUAUGGGUUUUAUUGAUAUCUUUUUCAGCGCAUUCAUUUGGAUAUUCAAGUGGGUGAACAUGCCAAUGAUUAUCAAGAAAUUGCUGCCAAAGACAAACUUACAGAACUCCAGCUUCGUAUUCGUCAGCUGUUAGACCAAGUAGAACAGAUAAGCAAAGAGCAGAACUAUCAGAGGGUAAGGGUAACAGAACACCUGUUUAAAUUUUGAAGAAGAUUUAUAAAACAAUUAUAGAAAAAAAAAAUUUUUUUCACAGAAAAUUCCAAUAGUUAAUGCAAUCCAUGUAUAUUUUCUCAAAAUCCUAUAACAAUGCUAAAAGCAAUGGUCAAACUACAUCAAGUGUUACAAUUGGAGCAUGCAGCUUUAACAAACUUUUGAAAACUUACUGUAGGAUUAUAACUUAAUAUGAGGAUAUACCUUUUUUUCCAUAGUGAUGAAUUUCCUUAUUUUAUUCUUAAUGAUUUUGUUUUCUUUGAUCACAGUUUCGUGAGGAGCGGUUUAGAGCAACCAGUGAAAGUACCAACCAGCGUGUACUGUGGUGGGCUUUGGCACAAACUUUGAUACUCCUUGUCACUGGAUUCUGGCAGAUGCGUCAUCUAAAGGGAUUCUUUGAAGCAAAGAAACUAGUUUAAAGAAAUUAUACAAGUUGUUUUAAUUUGGG